UGUUUCAGGCAUAGAUAUAUGAUUGAAUGUUAAUCAUAAAGUUGUAAGACGAAAAUAGUGUGUCUAUUGUGUUUUAAGUUCUUUACUUACAUACAUUUAUAAAGUUUCUUCAGAUCGGGAAUAUAUAGUAUACAUUUACUUUGUAAUAUGGGUUGUGUUUUGGGCCUGUGUUCUGCUGCACAGUUGGCCUGUGGUUGCGGAAGUGCAGCCUGUUCUCUUUGUUGCUCGGCAUGUCCCUCAUGCAAAAAUUCGACAUCUUCUCGAAUUAUGUAUGCGUUAAUGUUAUUGCUGGGGACAAUCACUGCUUGUAUUACAUUAGCUCCUGGGCUUCAAAAUGCCCUGAAAAAGGUCCCGUUCUGUACAAAUGCCACAGGGGAAAGCCUUGUACCAUCUUCGGUUAUAGUUGACUGUAGCAAAGCUGUUGGAUACUUAGCAGUUUACCGAAUUUGUUUUAUUUUGACAUGUUUUUUUGUAUUGUUUGCCCUAAUGAUGCUCGGAGUGAAGUCGUCAAGGGAUCCUAGAGCAGGCAUUCAAAAUGGAUUUUGGGGCUUGAAAUAUCUCCUUGUAAUUGGAGGUAUAAUUGGAGCCUUUUUCAUUCCUGAAGGUUCAUUUGGAGUAACAUGGAUGUGGUUUGGAAUUGUAGGAGGAUUCCUAUUUAUUUUGAUACAAUUAAUUUUAAUUAUCGAUUUUGCUCACUCCUGGGCUGAGGCUUGGGUGGGAAAUUAUGAAGAAUCAGAAUCUAAGGGAUGGUAUUUUGCUUUGGUUGGGGUGACAUUAUUCAACUAUGCACUUAGCAUUGCUGGUGUUACAUUACUUUUUAUUUUCUUCACUAAGUCUGAUGGAUGUGAUGUUAAUAAGUUCUUUAUUUCAAUUAACUUGAUUUUAUGUGUGAUUGUAAGUUUUUUGUCAAUUCUGCCUGCUGUUCAAGAUAAGCUUCCUAGAUCAGGAGUUUUACAAUCUUCAGUGGUUACUCUUUAUGUAACUUACUUGACUUGGUCUGCUGUAUCAAAUUCUCCAAAAGAGUGCAAUCCAGGAUUUUGGGGCAUAUUUGGUGGAAAAUCUAGUGGCAAUGACUUUGAUGUCAUUGGAUUGAUUAUAUGGAUGUGUUGUGUGUUAUAUUCUUCAAUUCGGUCUGCUAACAGUUCCUCCAAGAUUACUAUGUCUGAGAAUAUGUUGACUAAGGAUAAUGGCGCAGUAAGGGGCGGCGGAACAGAUAACCUAGUUGAGAAUGAAGAUGGGUAUACUCCUAUCACAGGUAAUGAUGGUGGCGAAGGAGGUGGAAGAAAGGUUUGGGAUAAUGAAGAGGAGUCAGUGGCUUAUAGCUGGACCUUCUUCCAUGUUAUGUUUGCUUUGGCCACCCUUUAUAUAAUGAUGACUUUGACGAACUGGUACAAGCCAAAUUCGAGUAUUGAAGGUUUUAAUAAUAAUGUUGCUUCAAUGUGGGUUAAAGAAAUAUCCAGCUGGCUGUGCUUGGUGUUAUAUGGCUGGACCCUAGUCGCUCCAGUUUUGCUUCCUGAUAGGGAAUUCUAGGAAAACCUGUUCAGCUUUAAUCAUUGUGAUCCUGAGUAUAUUAUAUAUUCAUUUUUUCAUCUUUAAAAGUUGUUAUUUUCUAAGUAGUUUUAAACCUAUUUUAACUUAAAAUAUGUAGGAAACCUAUUCAAUUACAGUAACAAUAGCCAAUAGUAUAAUAUCUUACUUCUGCAAUAUUUUUGCCCUUAUCUGAUUCACCAAAUGCAUAUUAAUUGUGUUUUUGGUAUAGCAUAAUAAAAUUUGAAAAUGUAUAAAGAGGAUUAUUUACUUUUUAUUCUACUUAAUGUAAAUAAAAAAAUUAUCUGGAAUGCAUAUAUGUUAUGUUGUUCUAUGUGACAUUGUGAUGUUUUGUUACUUUUACUCUUAUAAUAAAGGAAUAUCGUAUU